GAGCGGUAGCUAGUAGUGAGCUGGUGACCAAGGCCAUGUAAAAAAAAAAUAUGGUGCGCGAGAGGGAGGCCGGGUGCGGCGGCCGGCAGCUAGCAAUGGCCGACACCCCUGACGCCGGGCAGCCUCCCGAAAUGACGGCGAGGAGCAACGCCCCGCAAGACUUUUUUCGUGCGUGGCUGCCGUAUCUUCAUUCGCUGAAGCUUCUUUCCUGCUGAGCUUAAGAAGAAACAUCUUCUACUACUAUUUGACAAACUUUUUACAAUUGGGCAUAUUUUGAUAACGUGACUAAAGAAACUGUUUUAACAUGACAGGGAUCAACAACUCUGAUUUGUGUGGUCGAUAUGCGUCGGAUCACCGGUGGAGAAAGACUGAAAGAGGAUGUCAUCAUCACUUCGUCAGUCAAUCUGUGGGACCGGAGCCGCUGGACUGAAGAUGUUCGAGGCACGGGGCCUCUCUCACAGUCACAGAGGCGAGAGGCCCAAGGCCUGAAGGAGACCCACCAACCAGGCCGGGCCGCGGGCAGCCAGGCCUCAGCGGCAGCGGAGCGCUCCCCGAGGAAGCGUACGUGUGGGCUGCAGAGGGCCGAUCCAUUCGUUGGCCCAGAAAGGCAAAACCGGCACGACGCUCUUCCUUCGGAUCGAAGUUCCCCCCUCUUCCAAGCUGUCAGCCUUUAUUUGCGAAGAUCCUUCUGGCCUCCUCCUGUCACCGGAAUUCCCUGGUCACCUCUUCCCACAACCCGCGCCAUUGCCACCGCCCAGAGAGUAGGGAUCUCUCGCUAGCCUGUCGUCGGUCCCUCCCCCUGCCGGCUGGCGUGCGGGCGAGCCGCAAUGGAGGUGGUGAACACGCCCAGCCAGGAGCUCGCCCUCACCAACUGCGCCUUCGUCUCCGCCGCCGACCUCCGCCGCUUCCCCAACUACAUUGCCCUCGUCGGCGACGCCCUCGUCCUCACCCUAAGAGCUCAUGAUGCCAUUGCAAGUGGUCGGAUUGCUUUGAAUGGCAUCCAGCGUAGACAGGCUAAGGUUUCUGCUGGAGAUUAUGUUACAGUCAGCAGCUUUGUUCCUCCUGAUGAUUUCAAGCUGGCUUUGCUUACAAUGGAGCUAUCAUAUGUCAAGGCAAAAGCCAACCAAGAGCAGUUGGAUGCUGUUUUGCUUGCCCAACAACUGCGGAAAAGAUUCCUUGAUCAGGUCAUGACAACUGGGCAAAAAGUGACGUUUGAAUUUUGUGGGACAAACUAUAUCUUCACUGUAAAUCAAGCGAUGCUAGAAGGCCAGGAGAGUUCCACACCAUUGGACAGAGGGUUCCUGUCAAGUGACACAUACAUCAUAUUUGAGGCAGCCCCUAAUUCGGGAAUUAAGGUGAUCAACCAAAAGGAAGCUGCUAGCAGCAAGCUUUUCAAGCAUAAAGAGUUUAACCUGGAGAAGUUGGGUAUAGGUGGAUUAAGUGCUGAAUUUACAGACAUCUUUCGCAGGGCAUUUGCUUCUCGAGUGUUUCCACCUCACAUUGUUAGUAGGUUAGGUAUAAAGCAUGUCAAGGGUAUACUGCUUUAUGGCCCCCCUGGUACUGGAAAGACACUUAUGGCUCGACAAAUUGGGAAGUUGCUAAAUGGGAAGGAUCCGAAGAUUGUAAAUGGACCUGAAGUCUUAAGCAAAUUUGUUGGUGAAACAGAGAAGAACGUGAGAGAUCUAUUUUCCGAUGCUGAGAAUGAACAGAGAACACGUGGUGAUGAGAGUGACCUUCAUGUCAUCAUCUUUGAUGAAAUUGAUGCUAUCUGUAAGUCAAGAGGUUCAUCAAGGGAUGGUACAGGUGUGCAUGACAGCAUUGUAAACCAGCUACUAACAAAGAUAGAUGGUGUUGAAGCACUAAACAAUGUUCUGCUUAUUGGAAUGACAAAUAGGAAAGAUUUGCUUGAUGAAGCUUUGUUGAGGCCUGGAAGGUUGGAAGUGCACAUUGAGAUAAACCUACCUGAUGAAAAUGGGCGCUUCCAAAUUCUCCAAAUACACACGAAUAAGAUGAAACAGAGCUCUUUCCUUUCUCCAGAUGUUAAUCUGCUAGAGCUUGCUGCACGAACCAAGAACUACAGUGGAGCAGAAUUGGAAGGUGUUGUUAAAAGUGCAGUUUCUUAUGCUUUGAACCGUCAAAUUAGUAUGGAUGACCUUACGAAGCCUUUGGAUGAGGAAAGCAUUAAGGUCACUAUGGAUGACUUUGUGAAUGGACUUCAAGAAAUUACCCCUGCUUUUGGAGCAUCUAUGGAUAACCUUGAAAGAUGCAGGUUGCGUGGUAUUGUAGACUGUGGCAAACCGCAUAAGCACAUUUAUCAACGGGCUAUGCUCCUAGUGGAGCAGGUUAAAGUUAGCAGAGGUAGCCCUCUUGUCACUUGCCUUUUGGAAGGACCAGCUGGAAGUGGUAAAUCAGCUACAGCAGCUACUGUUGGCAUCGAUAGUGAUUUUGCUUAUGUAAAAGUUAUAUCAGCUGAGACAAUGAUCGGUUUCAGUGAAAGCAGCAAGUGUGCACAGAUAUGCAAGGUUUUUGAGGAUGCAUACAGAUCUCCACUAAGCAUCAUAAUUCUUGAUGACAUCGAAAGGUUACUGGAAUAUGUUGCUAUUGGACCCCGCUUCUCAAAUUUGAUCUCACAAACGCUUCUGGUUCUCCUCAAGAGGGUUCCUCCGAAGGGGAAGAAUUUGCUUGUGAUCGGAACAACAAGCGAGGUGGGCUUUCUGGAGUCCAUUGGUAUGUGUGAUGCCUUCUCUGCGACCUACCAUGUUCCUAAACUGAAGAAAGAGGAUGCUAAAAAGGUGCUACAGCAUCUCAACGUGUUCAACGAAGGAGAUAUUGAUGCAGCAGCAGAAGCAUUGGAUGAUAUGCCACUUAAGAAGUUAUAUACACUUGUUGAGAUGGCAGCACAGGGAAGGACUGGAGGAAGUGCAGAAGCAAUAUAUGCUGGAAAGGAAAAGAUUGAUAUCGACCAUUUCUUUAGUAUCUUGGGUGAUAUUAUCCGCUAUUAAGCACGUUUCAUGCGCAGUUCGUAAACUCUUCCCACCUUCCUUUCUAUUUUGUGUUUUGCCCACCUGAACUCAUAUAAUUGUUCUGCUCUGUAAAGUUUGUGCAUUGCCUUUGAGAUGCAUACUGACCUCAUGUAUUCAAACCUUAUGCUUCCUUCAAUUCUUAAUGUAGGAUACUAGUUGGUCUAACCUAUUCUAACAUGAUACAUCAAUGUGUAGAAGUUGAGUAUAUUGACAAUAUAUGAUUGAUGUUACUAGAUUUAUCAUGCAAAA